GCUCUCUUUGUUAGCCACUGUAUACCUGUCUUCUGCUGUUCAUGGAGUAACGUGACAGUGUUUCGAAAUGGAGGACCUAAAGCAGAGGGGACGCAAGAGAGAGGGGCGACACAGGGACACAUGGGAUCCGUUCCAGCUAAACCCGAUCGGGGCUGAGAAAGAGGAGAAGAGAACAUGUUUUAUACUUCUACAGAACCUGGUUGCUGUUAUUGUGGGUGUGCUGGUGUUGGCCAGCGCAGUCAUGAGCAAGGGUUCUCUGCUGGUUCUGACCACUCUAUCCAGUCCAAAGUCUUUGAGAGACGCUGCGGAUCGUCAGUUCUACACACUGCUGCUGAUGUGUGUCCUAGUGAUGCCAAACCUUUUGGUGUUCUUCAAGUCACUCUGGAAAUGUGCUUUCAAGAGUUAUGUCCCUCCUAACCCAAAGACAAUGGGAGUUAUGUGUGUGAUCGAGAGCCUGGUGGCAUUGGGGACUGCAAUCCUAGUGCUGAUUGUGAUGCCUCAGUUUGAUAUUCUCACAAACCUCUGCAUCCCUGGAGGAACCUGCAUCCUCUCAUCUGUGCUGCAGAUUGUCUUUCGCUUGCAGCGGGACAGAUGGAUGAUCAUCUACCCCAUAUGUUCCCUCAUCCUGGUGAUCAGCGGUUACGUUCUCGUGGCGGUUGAGUACUACGUGAGAGUUUCCUCUUUUGUCCCGUUCCAAGAGGCGGAAGGAUACUUGUAUAUCGGCAUUGCGAUCUUUGCAUCCCUGCUUAUUUCCCUAAACUGGUGGGAAAAUCCUUUUCGAGCCAGCAGCAACAUUCAGGAGAUGCUUAAUGAGUUAGAUGGCUUCAGAGACACCGUGUAUCUUGUCACCAGUCUCCUUAGAAUCGGCAUCACCAUGGCAGUCUACUUUCUGUAUUAUACCUUUACCGAGCCUGGAAUUGACUGGGGAGCAUUCAGCAAAGCCAAAAGCGCUGUAGAUAUCGGUCUCGUGGUGUUUUUCCUGCAAGCCUUCUGCUCUGCCGCGUGUCAUUGGUUCGGAGUCGUUGCAUGCAAAAUCCAUGCGGUGAAGUUCGGUUUCGCUCUGCCUGUUUCAUUCUGUGGUCCGGCUACGCUAAUCCUGGGCAUAACGCUUUUUUUGAUUCAAGUUGAUAAGACUGACCAUACAGUUUCUAAUAUCAUUACUUCCAUCCCAAAUUAUACAGUGAUUGAAAAUCCUUUCUGGGCAUUUUGCUCCCAACUUGCAAAUAUCAAGGACAACAAUAGCACCUCAGUGGUAAUGGUCGAGAUUUCCAACAGUAUCUGUCAGACGACACUUAACAGCCCAUACGCCUUGUGGCCGUUCUCUAUGCUGGCGCUGGAGGGCGUCUGCAUGUGGCUCGGGCUCCUCUCAUGCACAUAUUAUGUGUGGAAGUUAAAGGUGCAAAGAAUCGAACGUACGUCUCAGCUUUUCGUGCGUCGCCUGUACGAAUCUGCUUUCAUUGACCUCUCUCUGCUGCUGAAUACCAAGAUGAAAGUCAUCCGUUCACGAAACAAGGAGAGCAUUAAUGAAGAGGUGGAAAACUGCGUCAUUUACCUUUGUGCAACAAUGUGGCACGAAACAUAUGAUGAGAUGUUGAAAAUCUUGACGUCAAUGUUCAGAUUGGACAGAUAUCGAGGGGAUCCAAAGGAAGAACACAAAGACUGUUUCGACUUUGAGUGUCAUAUAUAUGUCGAUGAUGCCUUUAUGAAAGAUAAGGAAACAGAAAUUAGGCUAGUAAACACAUACGUUGAAGACCUCAUACAUGUUGUCAUGGAGGUUUACAGGGUAUUUACAAAUAAGGAACCAGAUGAAGUUUCUAUCAUCGAGACGCCAUACGGUGGUCGUCUCGUGUUUGUAAUGCCAGAAGGAAACAUGCUUUACGUUCACCUGAAAGACAAAAACCUGAUUCGAAACAAAAAGAGAUGGUCACAGAUUAUGUACAUGUACUACCUGCUCGGUUGGAAAGGAUAUAAUGUCAAAAAUCCUCAGAAAAUUACAAGACAGAACAAUCCAAAUCGUGCCAGUCUGGUUUCAUUGGAUGGGGAAAGUUAUCUUCUCCCUGCUCAUGAUAAUGACAGCAAGAGGAGACAUAUAUCUGAUGACAACACAUAUGUUAUGGCCUUGGAUGGAGACACAGACUUCCACCCGGCUGCUUUGAUAUUGCUUGUUGAUCGACUGAGAAUGUAUGAUAAUGUGGGUGCGGCCUGCGGACGAAUUCACCCCACUGGAAUGGGGCCGAUGGUGUGGUAUCAGAAAUUUGAGUAUGCUGUGGGUCAUUGGCUUCAGAAGACAGCUGAACAUGUGUUUGGCUCGGUUCUUUGCAGUCCAGGCUGUUUCAGUCUGUUCAGAGGAUCUGCAUUGAUGGAUGACAAUGUUCUUAAACGAUAUACCACCAAAGCAACCCGAGCGUCCGAGUAUGUGCAGUACGAUCAAGGUGAGGAUCGUUGGCUGUGUACUCUUCUCCUGCAGCAAGGCUGGCGUGUGGAGUACAACGCCGCUUCAGAUGCCUACACCAACUCACCUCAAGAGUUCAAAGAGUUUUACAAUCAAAGACGUCGAUGGGGUCCUUCAACACUGGCCAACACUCUGGACCUGCUUCACAGUGGCGCAGAAACAGUCAAGAGGAACACCUCCAUAUCUUUUAUCUACAUCUUAUAUCAGAUCUUUACCGUGUCAUCCUCAAUCCUGGGACCUGCAUCUGUCACUCUCAUGAUUGCAGGAGCUUUCCAGUUCGUGUUUGGAGUUCCAGGCACUCUUUCUAUAAUAAUAGCUGUUAUUCCUCCGGUCGUUUAUAUGAUCAUAUGUUUUGUAGCCAAAUCCAACUUCCAAAUUACAAUAGCUGCUAUUCUGAGCGUCAUCUAUGCAUUCCUGAUGACUGCAUCUUUCUUUUCCAUUAUUGGUGACAUGAUUAAACAACAAACAUUUAUAACUCCCACCGGACUCUUCCUGCUGUCUGGUGCCAUCAUGUACAUUGUGACGGCCAUCCUGCACCCUCAGGAGUGCACGCUGGUCAUCUACGGUCUCAUGUACUUCAUCUGCAUUCCCAGUGGAUAUCUGCUCCUCACCAUAUAUUCCCUGGUCAACAUGCACAUUGUUUCUUGGGGAACUCGAGAAUCCAACAAGGGCGAGGAGAAUAAAAAGAAAGUGGGUGUGGUUUGCAAUCGAGAUUGCAGACUUUGCUGCUGGGAUGUGAAAAUCGAAGUCACCCAAGAGACUGAAAACCUAAUGCUUCAGCAAAUUCAACAGGCUGUCAAUCCGAGCACACGUGCUGCUGCCAAACCUGAGCCCACAUCUCCGAGCACACAAGACCACCUGCAUGUCGUGAACACAGACAAACAAAUCUCAGACCAUAACAAACAGGUGACGCAUAACAAGGAUGAACGCAAAAAAAAUCUGUUGGACAACAAGGAUGGUGACGCAGAUUCCCAAAGCAGUGCGAGCUCCAAAAGCUGUGAGAAAAAAAUGGAUUCAUCUAACGAUGACACAGACGACGAAGACGAUGAUUAUAUGGAUGAUUACGGUAAUCCUAGGAUGGCAAAAGAAGUCGUGCCUGAGAGUGACUGGGUGAUACCUGUGAAGAAAGUGUUCCUGAAAAAACUGACCUAUGCAAACCUGAAGAGAAACCUUCAGGCGCAGAUACGAUACACUCUGAGGAACAAGAACCAGGAGGAUCUGUGUGAGGAGCUGGUCUUGAUGCUUACAGACACCCUGAAUGAAGAACUGCGGGAUAAAGUGGGUCCUGAAGACAUACUGACUGUAAGUCAGCUUGAGGAACUGCAGUAUGCCCUGAACGAAGCAGCCAGACGCAUCCUAAAGACCAACCGGAUGGAGAGACUGGAGCGUCGUGUCAAGAGGGGCAUUGAGAGGACGCUCGUGGCUCCGCAGAUUGAGAAACUAUCUGAGGAUGAAGAAGACUUCUGGGAGAAGCUGUUAGAGCGCUAUCUAAAACCCAUAGCAGAUGACGAAGCUCACAUGAAAGAAGUGACACGUGAACUAAAGUCUCUACGUAACAAGGCAGUAUUUCUGUACUUCAUAAUCAAUGUCCUGUGGGUUGUUGCAACGUUCUUCCUUCAAGCAAUUGGCGGUGACAUACUAAGCAUCAAGAUUCCAAAAUAUUUUCCUAACGGUACAUUGUCGGAUGAGCCCAUGAAGGUGGAGCCUUUGAGUUUGAUGUUCCUGCUGUCGUUUGCCAUUCUUCUGAUUGUUCAGUUCUUAGCUAUGCUCUACCACAGAGUAUACACUCUCAUCCAUGUGGUGUCAUACAGAGGUACAGAGAAAGCUUAUAAAAAGAAAGAAGAGGAGGAUGAUGAUGAUUUGAUCCUGGAAAAUCAAACAGCUAAUGGUCUUAUCAUCACAAGCGAUGACUUAUAAGACUGAUCAAAAACUCAUUGUUUAAUACUUGAAGAUGCAUACACGUUGCACUCAUGUUUUUGUGUAUGAUCCCUCUUGCUGGAAAGCUUAAUCUGUCAAUUUCUCAUAAAGUCCCAUUUUCCUGCACUUGCCUUACACAAUCUUAAAUUUUUUGGCUGUGCACAUAGUUUAUUUACCUCUUGUGUUUUUAUAUGUAUGUCUCAAUUCUGUCAAUUCUUAAGUUCUGUACUAAACUGAUCUGAAAAAUAUAUUUAUGCCGAUAAACAAAGAGAAUUUUGUCAUAACUAUAAAGCUGUAUUGAUUAAUAAUGUUUAAUUUCAUGGCAAUACAAACAGGUUUUACCCUGACAGAAAGAGUUAUAAUAUUUACCACUGUUAGUUUUUACUUAUCACUUAAAUUGACUGCAAUCUAAAUUAAAGCUGUGUUCUUAUUAUUAAAAGUUUGUCA